AAACGUAAACCAUCUCCAUAUUUUUUUUAUUAAAUUGUAACUUUGAGACUUAAAAAAAAGAUAAAAUAAUUUUGUUAAUUAGAUAUUACAAUGUUUAAUUUAUGUAAAAUGUAUUGAGUGCAAAGAUCGGUGGGAAGAAACUGUGUGGUGUUUAACAAAAUAGUGGUAGUUAAACCUAUUCGAGGAUAUUCUAGUGCAUCUAGUGUGAUUUCAAAAGACAAAUACCAGUCUGUGGCAGACUUCUACUCUGGAAAGUCUGUGUUCAUGACAGGCGGCACCGGAUUCUUGGGAAAGGUCUACAUGGAAAAGCUAUUAUAUUCGUGUCCAAAAUUGGACAAACUCUACUUAUUAAUCAGAGAAAAGAAAGGUGUAAGUGCUGAUAAAAGAAUCGCAGAUUUGUUUGAGAACCCGCUCUUCAAGAGGUUGAAAAGCAGCAACCCUGACUUUAUGAAGAAGGUUGUACUUGUACCUGGUGACCUGGGCUUACCAAACUUGGGGAUAUCGCCAAGUGAUGAACAGACUCUGAUUGAUAAGGUAUCAGUAGUAUACCAUGCAGGGGCGACAGUCAGAUUUUAUGAGCCGUUACCAGUGUCCAUAAACAUCAACUUUGAUGGUACAAGGAAAAUGCUGGAGCUCAGUCAACGAAUGAAGAAUAUUGAGGCGUUUGUCUACGUGUCUACAGCGUUUGCGCAAGCCAAUGCUAAAGUACUUGUAGAGACUGCCUACCCAUCACCAGCUAAGGUGGAAGAUGUUUACAAAUUCAUCGAAGAACAUGGACAUGAUAAGCAUGCUGUCAAAAAGUUUAUAGGUAGUCAUUUCGGCACGUAUGCGUUUGCUAAAGCAUUAUCUGAAGCCUAUAUUGCUAAAAACCACGGAAAGGUACCAGCAGUCAUCAUCAGACCUUCUGCAGUGACCGCAACAAAGGAUGGACCAGUAAAAGGUUGGCUGGACAACUGGUUUGGGGCAUCUGGAAUUUUGUAUUAUAUCAAUGAAGGUGUAAUCAGGGUUUUACAUGGUCACGGAAACCAUACUGUCGACUUUAUUCCCGUGGAUUACGUUUCUAAUUUGUGUAUCAUAUCUGCUUUGAGAGCUAAAGAAUCCAAUGAAGUACAAGUCUACAACAGUACAUCAACAUCAGACAAUCCGGUAAAUUGGGAUACAAUCUUUAAUACUAUGAAGGAAGAAAAAACAUUGUCUGGGAAAAAUAAAUUUCCGUAUUUAAGUAUGACGUAUGUGGAUUCGAAAUUGGCUCUGCAAUUGGGAACCUUCUUCCUGCAGAUAACUCCUGCUGUUUUAGCUGAUUUGUGGUUGAAAAUUAAAGGCAAAGAUCCUAAGUACCUCAAAGUAGUUACACAAGCCUUAACCAUCCGAAACGCUUAUGAUUACUUCACCACGAAUAAUUUCAUCUUGAGAUCUGACAGAACUAGGGAACUGCACUCCUCACUGUCUCCUGAAGAUAGGGAGGAGUUCCCAUGUGAUCCCACUCAGAUAAGAUGGCCAGAGUACUUGAAAGACAACAUGAAUGGAAUCUAUAAGUACUUGAAGGCCCCUAAGAUAUUAUAAGAGAUGUAUUGAAAAGAAGAAAAAAGAAGAUAUUAAAAGAGAAUGAGAGAGAAACCCAAAAACCCCUAGAGUCGAUUAAAACAAUUCAUGAACAAUAGGAGAGACCAUAAUAUAGAAGGCCAAAAUCAUAACCGAACGGAUCAGCAGCCUGCAAAAUAUCACAAUUAUAUAUAGCAGUUAUUUUUUUCUGUUUUUGUUACUAAUUAAAGAAAUGAAGAAUACAGAUAA